GCAUUCUCCAAGUGCACAACUAACUCAUAUGUUGCACCGUGUGCGCCGUUUGCUUCCUGUUUGCUAGUUGUUUGCCCCGACAAGCGCGGCUUUGAGAGUUGAAAAAUCGAACCUUCUCUACACUGAGCUUCGCCGAGUGCGAGGAGGAAUUCCCGGAAUCAUGCCCCCUCCGCCCGGGGGAUCGUUCUUCAGAGCCGGGACCAUGUUUUCCUCUUUCAGGCAGGCGACAACGGGUUCGGGCUCUAAAUUCAAUUCCUCGUUCUUCUCCACCCGCCCCACGCUCAACACGGCGACCAUCUUUGAGGCAGUGCAGUCCCGUGCAUUCGCGACCCGAAACUUCGCGGAAAGGCUACGGCAACGGGCCGGGAAUAGGUUCGCCCUCAGCAGGACAGCGGGGUACUUAUGUUGUAUCUUGAUGUAUAAACAAAAACAAGCAAUUACGCAGAUACCCUGGGUUGCCUCCGUCGGCGUUGCCCAAAUCGAUUCCGCGUGAAAGAACAAGCAUGGUGCGUAUCCAUACACAAAAAUACGUUCUACUGUUUACUUGCUCACCGUGAUUCUAGUACCGCACUCUUGUUUAGGUCCGCUACCACUGGCCGCGCAGUGACUGGAAAAUUUUCAUCCUCAUCCGCGGGCAACGCGGGUGCUUCGUCCGCCCGUGCCUUCAAAAAUUUCAAGCUGAACGAGGGCGGUUUCCAGUGGUUUUGGAGAGGAGGGGGUACUACUGCUGGAGCGGGGAGAGGAACAUCGAACGGGUCACAAAACUGGUUUCCGACCGUCGGGCUGGGUGUGGCCGUGAUCGAGGAAUUCGUGCUGGGUUUAGUGGUUCUCGGCUUGGCGUGCGGUGUACCUGGCAACACAAGUAUGGCCAUGAUCGGACUCGUCAGUGUGGUAUAGUGAAUUUAUGUUGACAACUUCUCGAUGGUGUUUCAUAAUUUCUGGCGGCAACAAAGGCAUAAGCAUAGUAGAUGUUGUAUGCUUCUGCAUGACAAGGUCCUCUCUUCCCGGUGUGUUUCUCAUAUAUACGCAUGCAAAAGAACGACCAAAGAUGAAAAAAGCAAUCACAGAUCGGCUUCUCGUGGGAUUUGAUCGGUGACUUGUCUCUCUCCGGCAUGAAUUUGGGCAGUAUCGAGCAACAGGGCGUGGAAUUUUGUACCUGCAUUCACUCCAGCCAUUGCCUCAUUGCCGCAGCGAUGCUGACGGCCUCGGCGGGAAACUAGACGGGCUGUUGUAAAUCAAUGCUGCUGGCAGAGGACGCACGAGUAGGCGGAACAAAAAAAAACGAUGCAGCGGGUUGAUAAAAUAAGUACAAGGGACAUGAGGUGGAAUUUAGAUUUGCGGAACAGGAAAUGCUUCAUCUCAGUCAAACGUAAAAGCAGAUUGAAACAUAGAUGAAACAGUCCCGAGGAGAUCCGAAAGGUGCGAAACGCGGC